AUGUACGCUCUGGCAGACUUGCAAACUAAAGUUAAAGACACGGAGAACGAAAAAAACAGCCUAAUUACGACAAUUAAGCUGGUUCAAAUCGAUCAAUUCAAACCUAGUGGAACCCAAAAUCAAGUUGACACCUGGCAUGUUGUUCGAAAUAAGAAACCAAACGUUAGCAAGGAUGCCCACAAAACGGUCGCCGGUAUCGCGGAUGUUAACAGAUAUGAAGUCCUUAGUGACAGCGAUGUAGAACCAACAGAAGGACAACGCCCGCCUUAUGUCAGACCGAUCACGACCUACAAGAAUCCCGGCAAUAGAGAAUCAACUUUUGACAAAACUCUUAUUUCCGAUUCUUCACACCAGAAUAGCUAUUCCAAGUCCAAGACAUCCGAAGGUCCCAUAACAGUCUUAGGGGAUUCCAUGAUAAAAAUGAUUAGACCACCUAAACUGAGUCGAUCAAUAGGCGAAAAAGUCGACAUCAAAACAUUUCCUGGAGCAACAAUUAACGACAUGAACCACUACAUACAAUCCACAAUGAAGAAACAACCCAAACUGGUGAUUCUAUAUGUAGGGACUAAUGACAUUCAACGCAAAGAACCCGACGAAAUCGUAGCCGAAAUGAAAUCCUUAUGUUAA